AUGACCUCAACCAAGCUCACCAAAGCGCUCACCACGCUUGCGCACAUCGGACUGGCCGCCACGCUCAUCGUCCUGCAGAAGAGGUCGAUGGGCACCUCAAUCAUCGCCGCCAGCCUCACUGGCCUACACAAUGGAAUGUUGUUGGGGGUAGUCGGGCCUCGUCAAGGCCAGCUACGCUGGUGGUGGGUGCCAGACCCUGCACAUGAGCCAUCCGGAGUGCUGCUGUUCCUCAUAGUUGGCAUUGCCGAGUUCCUCGCCGUCGGCGUGGUAGGCUACGAGCCCGCAUUCAGGGAUGCAUACGGCGAGCGGUCCGUCGUCGACCGGUUGUGGCUGUGCUUCGUGCUGAUCACAACCGUCGGCUAUGGUCACUCGUACACGCCUCCGACGCCCAUCGACCGCUGCUUCACUAUGGUGUGGGCCCUUUAUGGACUCUUCAUUUUCGGCGCGAGCAGCGGCGUGCUGGUGGAGGCCUCCGGGACCUGUUGCGCAAUUUGA